AUGGACAGGAAGGCCCUCAUCUUCCCUUGGUACGCGCCAGAAGGCCCCAGACAUCCACCGCGCCGCCACGUCGACCACUCGUUCGCCUUUGACAAGCCGCUGCACACCGUCGCCGUCGUGCUGCUGCUGACGGGCCUCGCCGUCGUCGCAAUCGAAGCCUGGGGAUACCGCACCGCGCAACCGCACCUGCCGCCGAGAUAUGUUGCGAUACCGCUCGGCAACGGGCAGAGCAGGCCCGGCGAAGAGAUCUGGACCGAGGCCGGAGCGCCGUCGCGGAGAAGAGCAUGGAGCGUCAAGGCCGUGGGAGCGCUGUUGGGGGUGCUGCUGUUCGCGCUAUGCGGUCGCAUCGCCAUCUACUUCCGAGUCAUGAAGGACGUCGAGUGCAGCGGGCCCUCUGCAAUGGCAUUCCUCCCCCUCGUGCUCGCCCUCUACCACCACCUCCGCCACCCCAGCCAGCGCCAGUACCCCGCCUGGAGUGCUGACUCACGCCCGCGCACCCAGCUCGACCGCGUCGUCAACUUUGUAUACGACAGCUCCUCGCGGUACAUUAUCCCCGCCGCCCUGCUCUCCAUCAGCAGCUUCCUUGUUCUUGUCAAGACGAGCGCAUUGCACUCCACCUACAUCUGCCCCGUCGCAAACUCCGCUGCGGCGACGAUCCCGACUCUCCAAUUUAUCGGCUUUCUCGUAGAUUCGUUUCUUGUACAGGCUAUCUAUCGCUUGGUAGACGAUGGCAUAUCUCCCGCCGACGACUGGACAAUCUAUCUCCAGGACGGUACCUCAAACCACUUGCUCGUUGGCCUGACAUUUAUUGCUCGGUCAUACGGCGUUAUGAGCGCGGUGCUCAUUGCCGCCUUUUCUUCUGCAUACAUCGGCGUACUUCGGGCACUUGGGACCGGCGUGUCCUAUUCUUUUCCACCAAAGUCUACAGUUGGGCUUGCUCUUUGUCUUUCUCUACUUACCAUUGCACUCAUCCUCCACCUAGUCACCGACACCAACAUUGAGACCCGCAUCCGCUCUUCGGUGCCUGUACGUCUGGGCAGGAACCAGUCUGCAGCCUUCAUUGUCCUCCUCAUCGCCUUCUCCAUUGGUGUAGUUGUUUAUCGUCACCAGCCACCUUCUUCGAACCAUCCAAUCGCGACCCUGAUUGAGCUUGCUGCAGUCCAGCACGAGACGUGGGAGUCGCAAGCGCAUCGCAGCAAGAGUCUGGCCGAAGCAGCUGCGCAUUACCGCCGACGCUACAAAAGAGACCCACCACCAAACUUUGACAAGUGGCACCGCUUCGCAGUGCAACGGAGCUCCAUUGUGAUCGACGACUACGACAAUAUUGAAGAAGACUUAGCGCCGUUCUCCUCCUUCAACCCUGAUGAUCUGCGACUUCGCACCGCGACUGUUCUAGCUACCAAUACCGACGUAGGUGGUAUUCGAAUAAGAGAUGGCAAAGCAGAAGCAAUUUCUGAGGUGCCUGAAGAGCACCGAUGGGUCAUUGAAGGGGCCGUGAUCAUGAUCCAGGAAUUCGCCGAGUUUCUUCCCGACAUGGACCUUGCCAUGAACCUCCACGACGAAUGCCGAGUAGCCGUACCCUAUGAUCAUCUCCGCAACGCGCUCGAAAACCCCCAGCCAUACCCCACACCAGAUCCCUCGAAACCUUCCCAGGACUUCAGCAGCGAACGUGCGAAGAAGUGGCCAAGCAUCGAGGACGUUCGAACUGAUCCGCAAUUCUUCGAAGAUGCUCGACCCCCAACUUUCCAGACGUAUGGUUCCAUCGCUUGUCCGCCAGACUCUCGCGCGCGGAAAGAGCGUCACUGGCAGACGAAGGGCUUUUGCUCCAAGUGUAUAGAACCUCACUCCAUGGGCGCUUUCGUUGCCAACUGGACUUUGGCUGCUGAUCCUUGCCACCAGCCGGACAUUGCGAAUCUUCACGGCAUGCACCUCAGUCCUUCUACUAUGAUGGGCACUCACGAUGUUGUACCCAUCUUCAGUCAAAGCCGCGCACCCGGAUACAUCGACAUUCGCUAUCCUUCACCCUGGAACUACCUGGACAAGACAAAGUACGAGUUCGACGAAAAGUUUCCGGACCCUCAUUUCCACGACAAGGAAGAUAUUUUGUUCUGGCGCGGCAUGACCAAUGAAGGUGUGACAACAGCUGGAACGUGGAAGGGUAUGCUGCGUCAACGACUAGUUCACCUCGUCAACAACGAGACUUCCCGCCACCCAAUCAUGCUCCCCAAAGGCGACCACAGCGGCAACCUUGAAUAUGCGAUGAAGCGAACGCGAGACAUCAAGAAGUACCUAGCCACCAAACUAGACGCUCGCUUCGUCGACAAGAUAGUCAGCUGCGCCGGCCAAGACUGCACCGACCAAAGGAGAGAGUUCUGGCUCGCCAACGACAUCGACAUCCGCAGACACUGGCGCUACCGCUACCUCUUCGACGCCGACGGCCCCGGCUUCUCCCCGCGUUUCAUCCCCUUCCUGCGCUCCAACUCCGUCGUGUUCAAAUCCGCCCUGUUCCGCGAAUGGUACGAGGGCCGGCUCACCGCGUGGAAGCACUUCGUCCCGGUCGACUUGCGCCUACACGAUCUAUUCAGCUCGCUCGCGUACUUUGGCGGGUAUGGCGUCGAAGACCGCAAUAAACGCAUGAUGCAGGGCAAACCCAAGGAAGCGGAGAAAAUCGCGCGCGAUGGCAAGGUGUGGACGGAGAAGGUGCUGCGCAAAGAGGACAUGGAGGUUUAUAUGUUUAGGCUGCUGCUGGAGUGGGGGCGGUUGACGGAUGAUCGGCGGACGGAGGUGGGAUUUCGUAUGGGCAAGAAGGAUCGGGAGGAGAGGAGUGAACUGUAG